AUGCUAAAAGUCCCAAGCAUUAAGCUCAGCCUCAUUCACCAAACAGAUGUCAUCAUCCAGGCUAGGGGCCGCGGCGGGGGCGGGCGGCGGCCCGGGACGCACAGGGGGAGGUCCGGGCAGCGGCGGAGAGCCCCGGGCUACGGCAGUCCGGGGCGACGUCCCUCCGGUUCCGCGGUGGCGGCGGUGCUUCUAGGCCUCUCGGCUGGCCCCAACCCUCAGCGCUCCGGCAGUGGCAGCGGCGGCCUCACGAACCUCCCCCGCGGGCCCGUCCCAUCAAAUCGGCACCGACCCGGUUGCGGCUCGGCCGGCGGCUCUUCGUUCACAUUCCCGGCGGGCGGCGCCUCUGCUCGUUGCACCGGACCCGGCGGCGGCGGCGGCGGCGACGCGGGGAGGGGGAGGAGGGAGGAAGCCUGGAUCUGCAGCGGCAGCGAGCGCGGGAGUCGGGAGGAGGAGCUGGAGCCGCCGGAGCCGCCGCUGCCAGAGCCGCCGUUCGCUACCCGCGCAAGGUCCCCGUCAAUGCCCCUUUCUCUCUCCUAUUGUCAAUAUCACCGGGCGGCUGAGUCCAUGGCACACACGCAACCGAACCUCCUGGCUGGCAGAGCCCGCCUCCGACGCCCGCCCACUGGAGACUUCAAACGGGAAGCGAGACUUCAUUGGUCCUCGAGCGCCUUCACUCUCCGGCUAGCAGGUUCGGCUGAGACCCGUUCGGGGAUUGGCGGCGCGGGGAGGGGCGGAGAAACAGGAGGGGUGUGGAGAGACGAGGCCAACGAUUGGGCGAGGCGCCGGGGACCCGGAUGCAGCCGCGAGCUCGGGCGGCCAGGCCGCCACUUCCGCCAGGGCGUCUGAAGUGGGGAACUGCUGGGCCUGAGAAGAUCGCGGCGGGCGCGUCCGAAGCUGGAGCUUCAGCACGGCGGGACCCUGUGGACGGCGAGCGUCUUCACUGGGGAUUCCGAGGGCCACAGGGCGGCAGCCCCGGUGCCUCACGGUUCAGCCCGCAGAGCCCCGCUCAGCACGGACCCAGCGCUCCCCGGUGCCACUCGUGUCGUCGCGGCCCUGGAAGCCGGCCGAAAAGCCCCCAGUGGCCUCCGCUCAGCGGGUGGGAGGCCUGGCCACGGUUUGGGCUCUCACCUGGUCUCGUAACCCCCCAAAAGACCUGACAUCACGGGCCACAUUCACACUGUGAAGAAGGCUGUCCAGAUCGGAAAGUACUGCCUGCACCUGGGUAAUGACUUCCACCCCAACGAGCUUGUAUGCAAGGAGAUCACCGUUAUCUCUAGGAAGAAACUUUGCUAGCAGGCUAUGGCACCCAUUUGAUGAAGCAGAUCAGACAGUGUCUCCAACUAAGAGAGCAGUCAGAGCCGGGCGGUGAUAGCACACAUCUUUAAUCCCAGCACUCGGGAAGCAGAGGCAAGGGGAUCUCUGGCACCAGGUCCUCUGGAACUGGAAUUAUAGACAGACCAUCGUGAGCUGCCACGUGUGUGCUGGAAAUUGGGCGUGGUUUCUCCCUAAGAACAGCAAGUGCUCUUAACCUCUAAGUGGUCUCUCAAGUCCCCUGCACUGUGUUUUUAAUGUAAGCAUACUAACAGAAACACUAGGUCAUUCCUCUUGCUGCUACUUAGUAUCUGGUUUGUGAAGGUUCUGCAGUUUAAUUGUUUCACUGACUUGGAUAUUUCCAGAAUGCUAAACUUUUGAACAGUGAUGCUAUCAACAUUCCUGUGCUCAUCUCUUGUGUCCUGAACUUUCUCUAGCGUAUAUUUCUAAAAGAAAAAGUAGUCAAGUUGCUUUCCUAAAUGAUUACACCAAUUCGUAAUUCCACCAAUGAUACAUAAGAUUCUUGGUUUGUUUUGCUUUUGUUGAUGUUGUUUGGUUUUUGAUACAGGUUGCUCUGUGUAGCCCUGACUGUCC